AUGUCACUUGUGCUUCUGAACCACACAGAGAUCAGAGGUCCCAGACACCCCCAGAAAUCAGAAACAUUUUGUCCACCAGAUUACCAGAUCACCAGUGCUGGGCCCCCUCUGAGCUUCACUUUUGGCCUGGACUGUCACGUGGGGCAGAACGACUCACCGCGGCUGCCUGUGCCCCUGGUGGCCACGCUGACCGCUGUGCGGGAUCAGACUCCUCGGACCAUGGAGACCAUGAGCCCUCUUGACCACACUCCCAGUGGCUGCUGCCCCGCUUCGUCCUCCUCUGAAAUGGGGAGAACGUCCCAGCCCCACCUUUCACCCCAGGACUGA